AUGGCAAAACCUUUGGAUCACAUUAAGAGGCCCAUGAACGCCUUCAUGGUUUGGUCCAGAGGGCAGAGGAGGCGCAUGGCCCGGGAAAACCCCAAGAUGCACAACUCUGAAAUCAGCAAGCGGCUGGGCGCGGAGUGGAAGCGGCUCUCUGACCCGGAGAAGCGGCCGUACAUCGACGAGGCGAAGCGGCUGCGGGCUCAGCACAUGAAGGAGCAUCCGGACUACAAGUACCGGCCCCGGCGCAAACCCCGGGGUCCCCUGAAGAGGGACCGCUUGGUUUUCCCGCUGCCGUCUUUGCUCGGCGACGCGGCGGAACACCUGAAGGGGGUUCACCUGGACUCUUUGAUCGUUUCCGGGGACAAACCCAGAACUCUGCUUUCUCCUUCCCCCUCAUCCCCCUCUCCGUUCUCGCUCUGUGAGCCGCUCACGCAGUUCAGCACCGGAGCUGUCCAGCGGACUGCGGAAGUGCCGCGCGCUCUGGCCGCAGGCGCGCUGCCCUACGGCGCGCACGCCUUCGGCUACCAGGGCGCAGGGUUCGGGGGGCUGGCGAGCCCCGGGCAGCACCAGCCUCCGUCCAGCCCAGCCGGGUACGUGGUUCCCUGCAGCUGCAGCGCCUGGUCCGCAGCCUCCCUGCACCCUCAGGUGGCGUACAUCCUGCUUCCAGGAGGGAUGAGCAAGGCUGCAUCAUACGCGCCACCAAACUCCCCCAGCAUGUGAGACUGGAAAACCAAACACUAUCAAAUAUUCCUCUGAAGGAAGAUUCUACUAAAGUGGCUGGAAAGGUGUACAAAGGAGGAGGAACAUCUUACAAUAACUCCAAGCUUUAAAAGAAACAAACUAAAACCAGCUGAAGGAAGUUUCAUGUCUGCGAACAGAUGUCUUUUUUUAUCACUCAAAAUGCGCUAAGACAAUGUGAUCACUUUCAUAUGUUGCUUUAAACCCAAGGAGGGAAGAAAAACACUGUUCUGAAGGACUUUUGGUAAAUUUACUCCUGUUCCUCACCUGAACGCGAUUCAUAUCAAGGUUACGGUAUGCUUCUUUGUUUUCACAUCGAAUAAAACGAAUAAAACCGAUAUUUAGAUUGUA